ACAAUCCACUACAGUAUUAGUCAACAGCUGUUUCGAGUGGCUGUCGGUUGAUCGGCGCUUACUGUCGAUAUUUCGAUAGUCGAUACAUCGCGGUCGUGUGAUCAUCUUAGUAAUCGUGGUUAAAUGGCGGUAAUUCUUUUGAAAAUAAUAAAAAAUAAACAGAUCAUUGACUUGAAAGUUGAAAGUAUCGGAGAAUCAAUUUAAUCUGUGAAUUCAUAAUUUCUUCGUCCUAAAUUCUACGUCAAAUCUGAAGUGUCAAAAAUGUUUUUGUAGGUUAUAUUUACCAAAUAACUAAACAGUGUUUACAAAUUGCAAAACUUUACGUUCUAAUAAGAUAGAUACGUGUCCACCUUAGCAGAAAAAUGAUUCGUGAAUUGUGAAUGGUUAAGUGUACCAAGUAGUUCACUUGGACUUCUUGUAACAGAUUCCUCUAUGUUGUAACAAAAUAUAUGAUACUGUACUAAAUUAAAUUUAGACUGAAAUCAAAAAAGGAACUAGGGAAUGAACUUGAUAAUCCUUUGAAAAGUAGGUAAGCCUACUAGUGUAUUCAAUACAAGCUAUGGAUGAAUUCUUUUCGGUAAAUCAAUGAAGGAUAUUUCUGAUGAAAUUAUGUUGUGUUUCGUACAAGCCACUCGUGAUCGUGAUAAUCGUGAUGUGUAUAAUAAAAAUAUCGAUACCGAAAACGAAAAUACAAGGGGCAAAAGCAAAACAAGAAUUAAGCGUGCUGCUGUAGUAAAUGACUUGUCUGAAGCAAUUGACAGUGAGGUUGAAUUAAGGGACAGACCGCUAAGCAAAGGCAGGUCCUUAAGGCUAUCUUCUGGAGAAAAGAUUCUCAAAAAAAUUCCGGACGUCAAGCGGAGUUUUAGCGACCGAUUCUCAGUCAUAUCAGACACUAGUGGAAAAAAGGCUGGAAAAGGAAUAUUGACUAUAAGAAAAACAUGGUCAACCGGGAACUUCUCGCCGGGUGCGGGGGGCGGGGGAGGGGCGCCUCGCUCCGCCCCCGCCACCCCGAUUCAGCUUGAGCCUCAAGCCAGGGCCUCUAAACAUGAUAAACAUGUAGUGAAGCCACUGUCGGGCUCUGCGCCGUCGGUGCGAGUGGGCAUAGCAGGCUCGGAUGAUACGACGGAGUGCAAGCAGCCCAGCAAGUCGAGGCAGAAGAAGUUCCAGCGGCACUUCCCGCAGGUCGGGCCCGAGGAACGGGUGCUUAACUAUUAUUCCUGUGCACUGGUAGGCGACAUACUUCUGCAAGGGCAUUUAUAUAUAACGAAGAAUUAUUUCGCAUUUUAUUCCAAUGUAUUUGGAUAUGUGACUAAAUUAUUAAUACCGACGUCGUCCGUUCUUCGGAUAACGAAGGAGAAGGUGGCGCGAAUCAUCCCUAAUGCGGUAGGGGUGUGCACGAGAGAUGAGAGACAUGUGUUUGGCUCCUUGCUCUCGAGGGACGCCACCUACAAGUUGAUGACCCUGAUCUGGAAGUCGUCCAAGGCUCCGGAGCUUGCGGUACCGAAAUCACAGGAUCUGAGAACGCCGGAAGUAUCGGAGUAUUCCCCGGAGGACGACAGCAGUUCUGGCGGUGCUGACCACGUCGACUCCACGCAGCCCGCCCGACCGGAGCCCGAGGCCAUUAUGGCAGCCGCGAGUGCUGCAGUGAUCCAACCAGCGCUUCUGACGGGCACAACAGUACUGAAACGAGACAACUCGUUCUGGCACAUGGCUCUCCUGGCGUUGGCGGCUUUACUCACCUGCUCAGCGAUGUUCCUCUCAUAUAGGCUUUAUUGCGUCACGUAUAGACCCCACGAGUGGGCUACGAGCGUGUCCAGCGAAGAGUUGUACUCGGAGCUGGUCAGAUGGCGCACCCGUCUCCAUGGACGAGCUGCUAACGAGCUACACGCCUUCCUCUCUACCAAUCUGCUGCUGCUCACUAAGGUGCGACAGUCUUUGGAAGCGCUUUCGGGUGUGAUACUAACAGACAUGGCAGAGCAAGGCCACAGAUACGCGGACGUGCCCAAUGACACGCUCUUCAGUUAGCGUAGACCAGUGACUGACACGUGAUAUUCAGUGAUAUUAGUUCGUGAAGCUGCUGAUACCUCUAUUCCUCCCUAGAUGGCGCUUUAGACAAUUUUAUUGGGUUGUACUCUACAGAAGUAAUAGAAUAACUUAAAUAUAGCCGAAACAAAUGUAAAAUUGAUAUCAAAAAUAGUUUUGAUUUUGUAUUAGAGGAGAUUUAUUAGAUUUGGUUUUGCACUUUUUUUUUUUUUAAUUAAUUUUAAGAAAAUCUUACAUGUUUUUAAAUUCGUUCAUGUUAACAAAUUAUGAUGUAAUAGUUAUUUGAACAUUGUAUUGUUAAUUUAUAAAUUAACUUUUGUCUUCAUUAUUUUAUUGUAUUUGAGGUAUUGGCGCUUUUCAGAACAUGUGAUUGUGUUACAUAAGGUUUGUGUGUAAGAAUUUGUUUUCUAAAUGUAUCCAAAGAUCACCAUUAUUUAAUUUGUAUACCAGUCGAUUUCGCCUAAAAGGCUAAAGCAAGUGUCAGACACGCGCUACUUAUAUCCAUUGAGGGAUGAUCUAUAAAACGUGUUAUAUUGUUAUCAGACUUAUUUUCUCAUACAAAUAUCAAAAUUAUUUUUUCUCAAUCCUUUACUUUGGAAAUUGAAAAACGGGGAUCGGCUGUCUUUAUCUAACGUAUAAGAUUAAAGUAGGAGGCCUCUAAGGCGGAUAUUU